AUGAGAGGGGCUCUAAUGAUGAGGUGCUAUCUGCUCUGUUUACUAACUCUUGCACUUUGUUGUGCUUGUGGGUUAGUAUGGGCUGAUGGUCCUAAAGCUUCUGAUGCCCUUAUUAAAACUUCUGCUGUUGGUGUUCCUUCUCUUCUUCAUCAUGCUAUUCCUUCGGGGGGAGGUCUUGGCGAAGCUGGAGAGGCUGCUAAUAUGCACAAAGCGCAUAAGGAAGAGUUGAGGGGAACCCUGCCAACAGAAGCUGAGGAGGAGGUUGUUCCUGAUCCUCUUUGUCCUGGUACUGGUGGUUCUUCUCCUUCUGGUUCUGAUAGUAGUAAUUGUCCUUCUGGUCAUUCUUCUGGUCUUGCUGAACCACAAGCAGAACCUCGUGAUCAAGGAAAACCACCUGGUGGUGUUGUUGCUGAUCCUCAACGUGAUAUCAGUGAAGGUGAUGAACAACUCGGUGUUAAGCUUCCUAGUGUUGGUGGUACUUCAUCUGGUUCUCUUGAUCCUUCUACAGUUUCUCUUCCAGAACCUCAAGGUGGUGGAGGGAAUAACGGUCUAGGUGGUCAUGUCCAACCAUCCACUGUAGAUCAGAAUGCUCUUAGCAGAGAUAGUCAAAUACUGAAAGAUUCUUCUGGGGAUCUUUUACAUAAAGAGAAAGAACCGAUGCAAGGAGAAGAGAUACCUCAACUGGAUCCAAAGAGAAAAGAAGAGCCUCAUAAACCCGCAGAAAAUCAACCUGGUCGUCAAGACCCUGUAGAACCUCCAAGACAAGAAGAUAAUAAACAAUCUACUCCUCCUGCACAAGCUCCUGAUGGACCAGUUACUCCCACAUCUCCUACGGCUGAGGAGCGUGUUGAUGUGCCUACAGCUGAAGGUGGAAGUGAAACAGCAACACAACCUUCUCCUUCUCCCAACACUUCAGCCACAGGGAGUUCCGAUGUUUCUGAUGCUACAGCGACUCAGAAUAAUAUUUCAUCUGCAGAGAGUGAAUCAACAAACAACCAAAAUGAAGAAGGUGUUACAGGAAAUACAGAUACAACCACCACCACCAACACCACCACAACAACAACAACACUUCCUCCUGAGCUUACAAACAACAAGAAGGGUGAUGCAGACAGCAGCAGCAGUAUCAGCAGUUCUGUGUGGGUGCGUGUACCACUACUGAUUGUGGUUACACUGGCCUGUAUUCUUGUAUGCUGA